AUGAAAUUACCAGGCUUUCGAGCACCGGGUGUUGUCGAUACAAACAACGACCAGUUUUGUGACCUGCAAUACUCUCAGAGCCCUGGUAUCCGGUGUAACCCUAGCUAUAGAUACCGGCGCUUCGACGGCAAGUGCAAUAACGAGCGACAAACCAAUUGGGGCGCAGCUUUCCAUACAAUGCGACGGCUAUUGCCGCCAGCGUUUGCCGACGGCGUGAACGCCGAGCGACGGCGCGCGGCUGACGGACGGCAACCGUUGCUCAACGAACGGCUUAUAAGCAAUCAGUUGUCGGCUACGCGGCCACAAAUUGACCAAAAAGACAAGCUCGUCCGAUCGUCGACUCAUAUGAUAUGGGGUCAAAUGAUAGCUCACGACACCAUUAAAGCCCUGCAAUAUUUUGGUGGUGCGUUACCGUGUUGUCCGCCCUCACAGCACCCGGAGUGUCCCUCUGUCUACACUCCUGUACCCUCUGAUCAGCUGCUCCUGGUGUACAAUCAGACCUGUAUUGCGUACUCACGGUCUAUGGCCGGAAAUACCUGUCGCUUAGGUGCCCGGGACCAGAUUACGGCCACUACGCCCGUUAUGGACCUGUCGGACUUAUAUGGGUUUUUUGAUGCGCGGGCCCGUAGUUUACGCACAUUUAGCGGGGGAAAAUUGCAAACAAAUAAAUCGACAAAAGGAGACGAUAUAAUGCCCGAAGCGAUACUACCCCGCGAUCAGGACAUGUUUGAUCUGAACCCAUGCACACCACCGGCGGACAGGCCAUGGCUCGGGUGCCUAAAAGGGGGCGAUGGGAAUCGCGUGAAUCAGCAGGUGGUGAUCAACACAAUGUUAACCACGUUACUUUUGCGCCACAAUCAACACUGCGAUGGUCUGGCGCUAAUCAACCAGCACUGGACCGAUGAGAUACUUUACCAGGAAGCUAGGCGUCUAUUACUCGCAGAAUACGCGCAAAUAACGUACGCUGAAUAUUUGCCCUCGACAUUUAACAAGAAGUUUAUGGAUUUCUUCGAUCUUAACGUUAGACCUCGUGGUAAAUUCAGUGAAUACAACCCCGAUGUUAGUCCCGACACAGUGCAAGAGUACGGUAUAGCUGCAUUUCGAUUUGGUCAUUCCAACAUUAACUCAGUAUUUCCGGUACUCAAUGGAGAUCCGUUGAAUACAUCCUCAUUUUUAUUGAGAUUCAAUUUUGAACAAAUGUCUCAACUAUGGGACGGAAAUAGAAAAGGCAUAAUUAAGGGCCUGUGCGAGAAGUUCGAGAAAGUGACCGAGUUUCAUUAUGUGGACGAUGUGAGGGAUUAUGUGUUUUUUGACCCUGCCCAUCCCAGAGUCGAUGAUUUGUUUAAUAGAGACAUAUUCCGGGCCCGGGAUCACGGGUUGGCCCCAUAUGUGUAUUACGUCCAGUACUGUACGGGUCGUCACAUUAAACGCUGGUCUGAUUUGCAGCCUUUAAUACCGAUUGAUAUCCUGAAUGAGUUGCGCAAUGUUUACAAAGAUUUCCGUGACAUCGACCUAAUAGUGGGCGGUUUGGCCGAGACUGUGAUGGAGAGCUCGACGUUAGGGCCAACAUUGGGCUGUAUUAAUGGCAUACAGUUUCAUCACUUUAAAUUUGGUGAUCGAUUUUUCUAUGAACACUCGUCUCAGGCAGGAUCGUUUAGUAUUGGGUUGCCAACUGGUCAAGAAACGGUCGGAAAUAUCGCCGACAUUACCGAUCGGGACAUACGAGUGGCUAUAGAGGUGGCCAUUCAGGGGGUCAAUAGUCAGCGCCAAUUGGACAGGCAAUUGGUGGCCCAAAUUCCCUAUAAAUACCGGCGCAUUGACGGCAAGUGUAAUAAUGAGCGGCAAACCAAUUGGGGCGCAGCUUUCCAUACAAUGCGACGGCUAUUGCCGCCAGCGUUUGCCGACGGCGUGAACGCCGAGCGCCGGCGCGCGAUUGACGGACGACAACCGUUGCCCAACGAAAGGCUUAUAAGCAACCAGUUGUCGGCUCCGCACCGACACACUGUCCCACACGACAGGCGCCGCUCGUCAAUGCAUAUGAUAUGGGGUCAAGUGAUGGCUCACGACACCAUUAAAUCCCUGCAAUAUUUUGGUGAUGAGUUACCGUGUUGUCGGAUCCCACAGCACCCGGAGUGUCCCUCUGUCUACACCCCUGUACCCUCCGAUCCGCUGCUUCAGGCGUACAAUCAGACCUGUAUUGUGGACUCGCGGUCUAUAGCCGGAAAUACCUGUCGCUUAGGUGCCCGGGACCAGAUUACGGCCACUACGCCCGUGAUGGACUUGUCGCAGUUAUAUGGGUUUUUCGAUGCCCGGGCCCGUAGUUUACGUACAUUUAGCAAAGGUCGAAAAUUACAAACAAAUAAAUCGUUAAAAGGCGACGAUAUAAUGCCCGAAGCGAUACUACCCCGCGAUCAGGACAUACUUGACCUGAACCGAUGCACACCACCGGUGGACAGGCCAUGGCUCGGGUGCAUGAAAGGGGGCGAUGGAAAUCGCGUGAAUCAGCAGGUGGUGGUCACCUCAAUGUUAACCACGUUGCUUUUGCGCCAUAAUCAACACUGCGAUGGUUUGGCGCUAAUCAACCAACACUGGACCGAUGAGAUACUUUACCAGGAAGCUAGGCGAUUAUUACUCGCAGAAUACGCGCAAAUAACGUACGCUGAAUAUUUGCCCUCGGUAUUUAACCAGAAGUUUAUGGACUUCUUCGAUCUCAACGUUAGACCUUAUGGCGAGUUUAGUGAAUACAACCCCGAUGUUAGCCCCGACACAGUGCAAGAGUAUGGUGCGGGUGCGUUUCGGUUUGGUCACUCUAACAUUGACUCCAUAUUCCCGGUACUCAAUGGCAAUCCGUUGAAUUCAUCGGCAUUUAAAUUAAGAUUCAAUUUUGAACAAAUGUCUGAACUAUGGGACGGAAAUAGAAGAGGCAUAAUUAAGGGCCUGUGCGAGAAGCACGAAAAAGUGACCGAGUUGCAUUAUGUGGACGAUGUGAGGAAUUAUGUGGUUUUUAACCCGUCCGAACCCAGCGUCACUGAUUUGUUUCAUAGAGACAUAUUCCGGGCCCGGGAUCACGGAUUGGCCCCAUAUGUGUAUUACGUCCAGUACUGUACGGGUCGUCACAUCAAACGCUGGUCUGAUUUGCAGCCAUUAAUACCGAUUGAUAUACUAAAUGAAUUGCGCGAUGUUUACAAUGGCUUUGAUUUGAUUCAAUUGAAUGCAAUGUAUAUCCCAUCCGAUGAUAACCCGCGGAUACCAUGCGAUCACUUCCCGGAUAUUGAUUACCGGCUUUGGUCUGAAGGGGUCGACGAUUGCGACGACUUUUGCCAAACAAAUCGUAUUAAUAGCGGUAUUAGUGAUGGCAUAAUUCCAGGCCUCUUAACAGGAGCCCCAAAAGGAGAGUUUGAUUACACGAAAGAAUAUUCCCCGGAAUUAAGCCGAAUAUACGGACAGUAUUUGACAGACACUGUAUUUCCUGGCAAUUGUACGCCAGAAACGACCGGUACUAUCGCCGACAUAACCGAUCGGGACAUACAGAUAGCCAUAGAAGCGGCCAUUCAGGGGGUCAAUAGUCAGCGCCAAUUGGACAGGCAAUUAAUCGCCAAUAAUUCAUUUCUAGGAAAUUUUAGUCAUUUUUUAACCGAUGCUAAUUACAAGACUAAAUUUAAUGAGAUUGUAACCAUAACGCUGACCCAAAUAAAAUGUUUGUCAAAAUACGAUACGGUAAUGGAGUUACCGGGCGUUCGGAUGCCGGGAGUGUCCGACACAGACGGUGGACAGUAUUGUGACUUACAAUACGCACAAAGUCCUGGUAUCCGAUGCAACCCUAGCUAUAAAUACCGGCGCAUUGACGGCAAGUGUAAUAAUGAGCGGCAAACCAAUUGGGGCGCAGCUUUCCAUACAUUUCGACGGCUAUUGCCGCCAGCGUUUGCCGACGGCGUGAACGCCGAGCGCCGGCGCGCGAUUGACGGA